AUUUUAUGAAAAAAGCCUGUGGACAGCAAUGGUGGUGUUAGGAUUCCUCCCAUGCCAUCUCUCUUCUUUCCAUCCACCGACAACGGCAGAAUCUCCUAAAUCCAACGGUCUCAGAUCAACGGUCUACGCUUCUUCUGACCUUCCAAAGAGGGUUUUGAUCAGGAGGCGAGAAUCGAUCGUGGUAGCCUCUUCUUCUAUUCUAGCUGCUCUUCUACCAGUGGGCCCCACCUCCAAUCCCUCAUUUCAGAAUGCAAAGGCCGAAGAAGACGAAUUUCAGCGGGAUGAAGAGCGAGUCGUUCAGAUCUUCCAGGGGACUUCGCCUUCAGUUGUUUUCAUCAAAGACAUUCAAAUAGUGGACCCCAGAAAGAGAACUGGCCAAAUCGAUGUGGACGAAGAUGAAAAUACAAGGGUUGAAGGCACAGGGUCAGGAUUUCUAUGGGACAAAACAGGCCACAUUGUCACCAACUACCAUGUCGUAGAUAAAUUGGCGACAGACACAAGGGGUGUUCAGCGUUGUAAGGUUUUUCUUAUAGACGCCAAUGGUAAUACAUUUUCCAAGGAAGGCAAACUUGUAGGUUCUGAUCCCGCAUAUGACUUAGCUGUUCUAAAGGUUGAUGUCGAAGGGAACAAGCUAAAGCCAGCGGUGAUUGGUACUUCUCGUGAUUUGCGUGUAGGUCAGAGCUGCUUUGCGAUUGGGAAUCCAUAUGGUUACGAGCACACUCUAACUACUGGGGUGGUGAGCGGAUUAGGAAGAGAAAUACCCUCCCCAAAUGGAAGGGCAAUUCGAGGAGCAAUACAGACAGAUGCAGCCAUUAAUGCAGGAAACUCAGGCGGGCCUCUGAUUGACUCCUACGGUCAUGUCAUUGGUGUUAACACAGCCACUUUCACUCGCAAAGGGACAGGAGCAUCCUCAGGCGUCAAUUUUGCAAUCCCCAUCGACACCGUUGUGCGGACCGUCCCUUACCUGAUUGUGUAUGGAACAUCUGUUAGUAACAGGUUUUGAUUCUAUCCUAUCGGAUGUGUGGCCCACCAGCUUUGAUGCAUGCUUGUACUCUAGGCUUAAGAUCAUAAGAUCAUAAGAUCAUGUCUAUGGUGAUUACUGAAGAAGAUCCAACGGCUGUAAUGCUGAGGGAAUGGGAUAUGAGUUAUUCAACA